UGCUAAGAUCCGCCACUUGCAUUUCGUAUGCAAAUGAGGAGGGCCUCUGGGCGGGGCGGAGCGCGGCCGGGAUUCAGCACCGGGGGUCGGAAGAGCACAGCCAGCCCGGCAAGCAUCUCUUCUCCGGCCGGCGCCCCAGAGGAUGGAUGCCGUGCUCAAGUGGGGAGCGCAUGAAGACUGAAGCGGGGGGCUCUUGACAAGCUGUCGAGAUUCGAGAUUGCGAAGAGCCGUCCGUUCAGCCUCUUUCACGCUUGACGUUUCAGGGACUGGUCGUUUCUCCAUCCCUGGAGAGAGAUUCCUUCCCCGAGGAAGUGAAAAUAAUGAGCUUUUGGAGGUAUUGCUGUUUUGCUUUCAUUCUGCUCACUGUGGUUGUGUUGGUGAUACUUUAUAGUAGCCAGCUACACGUGCCCAAGAGUUUCGGGAAGCUGAAUAGCUCCAGUCAAAGGAAUUUUCGAAUGCAAGCCUGUGAUGACGCCUUAGAAGACAAGUCAACUUUUUUGUGGGGUAAGACCUUGCCGUCCCCUUUGGGAAGCGUCCCUUGUAAGGACUACCUGAUCCGGAAUCACUACAUCACAAGCCCCCUGUCAGAAGAAGAAGUCACUUUCCCUUUGGCUUAUGUCAUGGUUAUCCAUAAGGACUUUGAUACUUUUGAAAGGCUCUUCAGGGCUGUCUAUAUGCCCCAAAAUGUCUACUGUGUUCACGUGGAUGAGAAAGCCCCAGCCGAGUUUAAGGAAUCUGUACGGCAGUUACUGACUUGCUUCCCAAAUGCUUUUGUUGCUUCAAAGAUAGAGCCUGUGGUCUACGCAGGCAUUUCCCGGCUCCAGGCUGACCUGAACUGUCUAAAAGACCUUGUAGCCUCCAAGGUGCCAUGGAAAUACGCCAUCAACACAUGUGGGCAAGAUUUCCCUCUGAAAACCAACAAGGAGAUAGUUCGGUAUCUGAAAGGAUUUAAAGGGAAAAACAUCACCCCGGGGGUGCUGCCUCCAGAUCACGCAAUUAAGCGGACUAAAUAUGUCCACCAGGAACACAUAGGCAAAGAUGGCUCUUUCGUGAAGAACACUAAUAUUUUGAAAACCUCUCCUCCACACCAGCUGACCAUCUACUUUGGCACCGCCUAUGUGGCCCUUACCAGAGAGUUUGUCAACUUUGUCUUCCAUGACAAAAGGGCCAUUGAUCUCCUACACUGGUCAAAAGAUACUUACAGCCCUGAUGAACAUUUCUGGGUGACACUUAAUAGGAUCCCAGGUGUCCCUGGCUCCAUGCCAAAUGCAUCGUGGACCGGGAACCUCAGGGCCAUAAAGUGGAUUGACAUGGAAGAUAAACACGGAGGCUGCCAUGGCCGCUACGUACACGGCAUUUGUAUCUAUGGAAACGGGGACUUGAAGUGGUUGAUUAAUUCGCCCAGCCUCUUUGCUAACAAGUUUGAGCUGACUACGUACCCCCUCACUGUGGAAUGCCUAGAACUGAGGCUUCGAGAAAGAACCCUAAAUCAGAGUGAAACCGAAAUACAGCCCAGCUGGUAUUUCUGAUCCACUGUAACGCAUGAUCGAAGGGCAGUCGCGGGCAGGAAGAAGAGCCUUUCUCUGUGAGAGAACUUGGCCUCGCUUAUGGUUAACAGUCAUAGCAGCGAGGUCACGGCUGCAGGAUGUGGCUCUGCUAUAUGUUAAAACAUCUACUGGACACUGUGAACUACGCAAUCAGGGCUGCACAGGGCAAUGCUGGCACGUUGGCCCUUCUAGCGGCUCUCUUGAUGGUCAUUCUGUGUCGGGCUCGGGAUCUGAUCAGUGAUCAGUGUAACUGAUGUCAGACCUUUGCACCAGAUGCUCAUCAGAGAGAAAUGCUCUCACGAAAAGGAGAAGUAUAGAUAAUACUGUUUAGGGAAAUAGGAAUUGCGUUUCUUUGGAGAAGGAAUCUUUUAUGGCGGAUCUAUAGCCACACAUCAUGGAUGCCACUCCUCUUUGCUCAGCGGCACACAGGCAUAGAAACGGCUUUCUGGGCACCUCGGCAACCUCCUUUAAAACUUGAGCUACUAGCAUGGAGAACUAGAUCCUGUUCCCGCAUUUCAACACAAGCACUGUCAGCUUCCCGUGUCUGAAGGCCCGGAUAGAAUGUAAAGUCACUGACGAGUGACAGCAGUCACUGCUGCUGCUUCAGCAAAGGGACCCCAGGGAAACAGGACCUUUUUUGUGCAUCAGAAUGUGCUCUGGUCCCUCUUCCAUUGGUUUCCAUGGUGAACGCUGAAAAGUUCCUACAGAAUGAAGAUAUUUCUAGAACUGAGGUGCUAUUGCAUGGAUCUUGUCCCACGUCUCUGACCUCAGAAUGAAUCACUUUCCUCUUGGAUCACUACCCUUUACCCCCACCAAAGUGAUCUUACCUGCAAAAUGGAAUCCAAGGACUCCAGAGUAUUCUCUGAGUAGCUUUACAAUGCUGGUGCUGAUAAGAGUGCCUAGAUUUUUAAGAGCUUUCAACUGUGAGCAAGCUUCUCUGUCGCGUAUCCCUCAUCCUGUUCUCUUUCCCAAUUCAUUCACUCAGCACACAGUAGAUAUUUCUUGAGUGCCUCUUAUACACCAGACACAUGCUUGAGAGAAGGAGAAAAGUAAGACAGAGGCUCCUUGACUCUGAAAUUCUUGGUAAUAGCAUCAGGAUUGGAAAAGCUGCUCUAGAGAAUCUCACAGAUUGCUUGUAUUUUAAUGCAUUCAUAUCCAGGGUUGUAAUUUGUGAUAUCAGGCUGGCCAGGGAUAUGAGUAAUUAGAAAUGGAGAUCUAAAUCCGAGGCCAUUCCAAAGAAAGAAGGGAAGGAACAGACAGAAGCUAACGUGUGUUGUGUUGUUCGGCACCCUGAUAGCUGGCUCAUUGCGUUAAAACCUUACAUAUACUCUUGGGAGGCUUACAUGAUUACUCCCAUUUUGCAGGUGAAUUAAGCGAGGCUUAGUGAGGUUAAUAAGCAUUAGGAAACAAGUUCUCUGAGGAUUAGGAUGUUCUUACUGGUCUCCUUAGUUCAAUUUCCUGAGGUUCAAUACUUAGAGAAGGUAAAAUGAAGCCAUAUUUAGUAUGCCAGAGAGGGUAGGGUUUAAGAACAGUCUCAGUGUUAAUAUGAGAAAAUGUCCUGUCACAUCAGAAAAAUGUGAAGUCUACUUUUGUAUUCCUAAAUCCAUUGAGUUCCUUAAUAUUUAUUUAUUCUAACCCCAAAAAAGUUACUAAAACUAAUGAUAUCGUUAGUUAACACAUUGGUUUUAUUCCUGUUCUUUCUGUAACUAUGUCUGUUGAAUGUUCAUUGUAUUUAAGGGAAUGUCUUUGAAGUCAAGCCUUAUGGUUUUCCAGCUACUGAAAAAUACAGAACUGUACAAAGCGGUAAAGGGUUGAAGUGUAGGGAACACACCCAGAGCUAAUGAGUCUAAUAAUCAUCUUUUCUUUCAGCCUCUUUACAUGACCCCACCCGAGGAGAAGAAAUGUUUUACACUGGAUCGUUCUCCUCUAGAACGGGAAGCCUUUUGGAAUAGAAGAUGUUUACA